AUGGAGGACCGAACUCAUCUACCAAGGAAACUAAGUAAUCCGCCGCUUGGUUUUUUGGUAGUUGUUGUGGUUUUAACAGAGGUAGUUGUGACAAACUUAGGUUUCAUUGUUGUUGUGACUGUUCCCAAUGUGUUGUCAGUCAAAAGUCCGGUUGAACCUCCAGUUAAAAGUCCGGUUGACCCUCCAGUUGAAAGUCCGGUUGACCCCCCAGUUAAAAGUCCAGUUAAGCCUCCAGUCGAAGUGUCAGUUGAACCUCCAGUUGAAAGUCCGGUUGACCCCCCAGUUAAAAGUCCAGUUAAGCCUCCAGUCAAAAGGUCAGUUGAUCCUCCAGUCAAAAGUCCGGUUGACCCCCCAGUUAAAAGUCCAGUUACGCCUCCAGUCGAACGGUCAGUUGAUCCUCCAGUCAAAAUUCCGGUUGACCCCCCAGUUAAAAGUCCAGUUAAGCCUCCAGUCGAAGUGUCAGUUGACCCUCCAGUUGAAAGUCCGGUUGACCCUCCAGUUAAAAGUCCAGUUAAGCCUCCAGUGAAAAGGUCAGUUGACCCUCCAGUCAAAAGGUCAGUUGAUCCUCCAGUCAAAAGUCCGUUUGACCCCCCAGUUAAAAGUCCAGUUAAGCCUCCAGUCGAAGUGUCAGUUGAACCUCCAGUUGAAAGUCCGGUUGACCCUCCAGUUAAAAGUCCGGUUGACCCUCCAGUUAAAAGUCCGGUUGAUCCUCCAGUUAAAAGUCCGGUUGAUCCUCCAGUUAAAAGUCCGGUUGAUCCUCCAGUUGAAAGUCCGGUUGACCCUCCAGUCGAAGUGUCAGUUGACCCUCCAGUUAAAAGUCCGGUUGACCCUCCAGUCAAAAGGUCUGUUGGCCCUCCAGUUGAAAGUCCGGUUGACCCUCCAGUUAAAAGUCCGGUUGAACCUCCAGUUGAAAGUCCGGUUGACCCUCCAGUCGAAGUGUCAGUUGACCCUCCAGUCGAAAGGUCAGUUGAUCCUCCAGUCAAAAGUCCGGUCGACCCCCCAGUUAAAAGUCCAGUUAAGCCUCCAGUCGAAGUGUCGGUUGACCCUCCAGUUGAAAGUCCGGUUGACCCUCCAGUUAAAAGUCCAGUUAUGCCUCCAGUCAAAAGGUCAGUUGACCCUCCAGUCGAAGUGUCAGUUGAUCCUCCAGUUAAAAGUCCGGUUGACCCCCCAGUUAAAAGUCCAGUUAAGCCUCCAGUCGAAGUGUCAGUUGACCCUCCAGUUGAAAGUCCGGUUGACCCUCCAGUUAAAAGUCCAGUUAAGCCUCCAGUCAAAAGGUCAGUUGACCCACCAGUCGAAAGGUCAGCUGAUCCUCCAGUCAAAAGUCCGUUUGACCCCCCAGUUAAAAGUCCAGUUAAGCCUCCAGUCGAAGUGUCAGUUGAUCCUCCAGUUAAAAGUCCGGUUGACCCCCCAGUUAAAAGUCCAGUUAAGCCUCCAGUCGAAGUGUCAGUUGACCCUCCAGUUGAAAGUCCGGUUGACCCUCCAGUUAAAAGUCCAGUUAAGCCUCCAGUCAAAAGGUCAGUUGACCCUCCAGUCGAAAGGUCAGCUGAUCCUCCAGUCAAAAGUCCGUUUGACCCCCCAGUUAAAAGUCCAGUUAAACCUCCAGUCGAAGUGUCAGUUGAACCUCCAGUUGAAAGUCCGGUUGACCCCCCAGUUAAAAGUCCAGUUAAGCCUCCAGUCGAAGUGUCAGUUGACCCUCCAGUUAAAAGUCCGGUUGACCCUCCAGUUAAAAGUCCAGUUAAGCCUCCAGUCAAAAGGUCAGAUGACCCUCCAGUCGAAAGGUCAGUUGAUCCUCCAGUCAAAAGUCCGUUUGACCCCCCAGUUAAAAGUCCAGUUAAGCCUCCAGUCGAAGUGUCAGUUGAACCUCCAGUUGAAAGUCCGGUUGACCCUCCAGUUAAAAGUCCGGUUGACCCUCCAGUUAAAAGUCCGGUUGAUCCUCCAGUUAAAAGUCCGGUUGAUCCUCCAGUUAAAAGUCCGGUUGACCCUCCAGUUAAAAGUCCUGUUGACCCUCCAGUCAAAAGGUCAGUUGACCCUACAGUUGAAAGUCCGGUUGACCCUCCAGUCGAAAGGUCAGUCGAUCCUCCAGUCAAAAGUCCGGUUGACCCUCCAGUCGAAGUGUCAGUUGACCCUCCAGUCGAAAGGUCAGUUGAUCCUCCAGUCAAAAGUCCGGUCGACCCCCCAGUUAAAAGUCCAGUUAAGACUCCAGUCGAAGUGUCAGUUGACCCUCCAGUUGAAAGUCCGGUUGACCCUCCAGUUAAAAGUCCAGUUAAGCCUCCAGUCAAAAGGUCAGUUGACCCUCCAGUCGAAAGGUCAGCUGAUCCUCCAGUCAAAAGUCCGUUUGACCCCCCAGUUAAAAGUCCAGUUAAGCCUCCAGUCGAAUUGUCAGUUGAUCCUCCAGUUGUAAGUCCGGUUGACCCUCCAGUUAAAAGUCCAGUUAAGCCUCCAGUCAAAAGGUCAGUUGACCCUCCAGUCGAAAGGUCAGUUGAUCCUCCAGUCAAAAGUCCGUUUGACCCCCCAGUUAAAAGUCCAGUUAAGCCUCCAGUCGAAGUGUCAGUUGAACCUCCAGUUGAAAGUCCGGUUGACCCCCCAGUUAAAAGUCCAGUUAAGCCUCCAGUCGAAGUGUCAGUUGAACCUCCAGUUGAAAGUCCGGUUGACCCUCCAGUUAAAAGUCCAGUUAAGCCUCCAGUCAAAAGGUCAGUUGAUCCUCCAGUCGAAAGGUCAGUUGAUCCUCCAGUCAAAAGUCCGGUUAACCCUCCAGUUAAAAGUCCGGUUGAGCCUCCAGUUAAAAGUCCGGUUGAUCCUCCAGUUGAAAGUCCGGUUGACCCUCCAGUUAAAAUUCCGGUUGACCCUCCAGUCGAAAGGUCAGUUGAGCCUCCAUUUAAAAAUCCGGUUGACCCUCCAGUUAAAAGUCCGGUUGAGCCUGCAGUUAAAAGGUCAGUUGAGCCUCCUAGUAAUCCCCCAAGAAGUCCUGCUGUACCGGUUGAACCGCUUCCAGCGCCGGUUAAACCAUCAAGUAAACUCCCUGUUAAACCUCCUAACGUAUCUCCAAUUAUGCUUCCAUUAGAACCACCUAUUGCUCCAGUUAAACCACCGGUUAAACUAUCAAGUAAAUUGCCUGUUAAACCUCCCGAUGUAUUGCCACCUAUGGCUCCAGUUAAACCACCGGAUAAACCAUCAAGUAAAUCCCCCGUUAAACCUCCUAAUGUAUCUUCUAUUAUGCUUCCAUUAGAACCACCUAUGGCUUCAGUUAAACCACCGGUUAAACCAUCAAGUAAAUUCCCUGUUAAAUCUGCUGAUGUAUUGCCACCUAUGGAUCCAGUUAAACCACCGGUUAAACCAUCAAGUAAAUUCCCAGUUAAACCUCCUAACGUAUCUCCUAUUAUGCUUCCAUUAGAACCACCUAUGGCUCCAGUUAAACCACUGGUUAAACCAUCAAGUAAAUUCCCUGUUAAAUCUGCCGAUAUAUCUCCAUUUACGGCUCCAGUUAAACCACCGGUUAAACCAUCAAGUAAAUUCCCUGUUAAACCUGCUGAUGUAUUGCCACCUAUGGAUCCAGUUAAACCACCGGUUAAACCAUCAAGUAAAUUCCCAGUUAAACCUCCUAACGUAUCUCCUAUUAUGCUUCCAUUAGAACCACCUAUGGCUCCAGUUAAACCACUGGUUAAACCAUCAAGUAAAUUCCCUGUUAAAUCUGCCGAUAUAUCUCCAUUUACGGCUCCAGUUAAACCACCGGUUAAACCAUCAAGUAAAUUCCCUGUUAAACCUGCUGAUGUAUUGCCACCUAUGGAUCCAGUUAAACCACCGGUUAAACCAUCAAGUAAAUUCCCAGUUGAACCUCCUAACGUAUCUCCUAUUAUGCUUCCAUUAGAACCACCUAUGGCUCCAGUUAAACCACUGGUUAAACCAUCAAGUAAAUUCCCUGUUAAACCUGCCGAUGUAUCUCCACCUAUAGCUCCAGUUAAACCACCGGUUAAACCAUUAGUUAAUCCACCAAGAUCUAAACCGCCUCCACCUAGCACACUACCCAACAAAUCUUUCACUCCACCAAGCGUGCCAUUUAAGCCGUUAGUUAAUCCACCAAGGUCUAAACCACCUCCACCUAGCACACUGCCCAACAAAUCUGUCGCUCCACCAAGCGUGCCAUUUAAGCCUUUAGUUAAUCCACCAACGUCUAAACCACCUCCACCUAGCACACUGCCCAACAAAUCUGUCGCUCCACCAAGCGUGCCAUUUAAGCCGUUAGUUAAUCCACCAAGAGUUUGA